UCACUUCCUGUCUCCCUCUAGCUGCCAUCUUGCGUCCCCGCGUGUGUGCGCCUAAUCUCAGCUGGUCUGCCCGAGACCCCCUGAGCGCCAACCCUAAUCCCCCGCGCGGCCCCAUUUCCGCUCCGACAAGGUACAAAAAAAGGCUGUGGACGCCGUCGUGGGAGGAGGACGGGAACGGGGGCGGGAAGUUCCCGGAAGGAGCGAGACAGGGAGGGACAGGGCUGAGGAGAGGAAGGCGAUGCGACGGACGGGCGCCCCGGCUCAGGCCGACUCUCGGGGGCGAGGUCGAGCCAGGGGCGGCGGCCCUGGGGGCGAGGCGACGCCGUCUCUUCCUCCACCCCGCGGCGGAACCCGAGGACAGGAGCCUCAGAUGAAAGAAACUAUCAUGAACCAAGAAAAACUCGCCAAACUGCAGGCACAAGUGCGCAUUGGUGGGAAAGGAACUGCUCGUAGAAAGAAGAAGGUGGUUCAUAGAACAGCUACAGCAGAUGACAAAAAACUUCAGUUCUCCUUAAAGAAGUUAGGAGUGAACAAUAUCUCUGGUAUUGAGGAGGUGAAUAUGUUUACAAACCAAGGAACAGUGAUCCACUUUAACAACCCUAAAGUUCAGGCAUCUUUGGCAGCAAAUACUUUCACCAUUACAGGCCAUGCUGAGACAAAGCAGCUGACAGAAAUGCUUCCCAGCAUCUUGAACCAGCUUGGUGCAGACAGUCUGACUAGUUUAAGGAGACUGGCUGAAGCUCUGCCCAAACAAUCUGUGGAUGGAAAAGCACCACUUGCUACUGGCGAGGAUGAUGAUGAUGAAGUUCCAGAUCUUGUGGAGAAUUUUGAUGAGGCUUCUAAGAAUGAGGCAAACUGAAUUGAGUCAACUUCUGAAGAAGAUAUAACUUGAAGACGUUACAGGAGCUGCUAUUUUAUAAUAUGACUGCUUUUUAAAAUUCUUUUGUUUAUGGGUCUGAUAAAAUCUAGAUCUCUUAAUAUUUUUAAGCCCAAGCCCCCUGGACACUGCAGCUCUUUUCAGUUUUUGCUUAUACAAAAUUCAUUCUUUGCAGCUAAUGAAGCUGAUAAAGCCUGGGAAUAAAGGUUGAAACAAAGGUUAAUAAAAUUGUUUGCCUAGUA